AUGUUUGAGAACAUUCGAUCAUGUGAUGUUUCUUUUCAAACAGGGAACAUUGCCUACAAGAAACGUACUACAUCUUCUCAGAUCUAUAAGUCUGACUGGUCUGCAGACAAAGCUGUAGAUGGGAACCGGAACCAGAAGUUGGCACAUGACUCCUGCUUCCGAGCCUUAGACCACCCAAGUGUGUGGACAGUGGACCUGGGACAGCAGUACAGGAUACAUGACGUCAGGAUAUACAACCGGGAUGGGUAUGUUUGGAAAAUCCAAUCCGCUCUCCUCUCUCUGAGUAACUCCAGCAAUUCCACAUCUGGCGUACCCUGCUACACCUUCCCCAGCAACACUGCAACAGGCAACUCUGUGUACGAUGUCAUCUGUGAUGGAAGGGGGCGAUACUUUACCAUCACACACAGCUGGGCGGAGCUGAAUCUCUGCGAGGUGGAGAUCUAUGUUUGCAGUCAAGGAUCCUUUGGUACAGACUGCAGCCAUUUCUGCCAUUGUUCUGAUGGACCCUGUGAUGGAGUCAGUGGGAUCUGUGCUGGUGACUGUAGGCCAGGGUGGCGGGGACAAAACUGUUCUAUAGAGUGUGAUAAAGACCAUUACGGAGUCAACUGUAACGAGACAUGUGGCAGCAGGAACUGUGCUACUAAUACAUCGUCAUGUGACCGGCUUUCUGGGUCAUGUGACACCGGGUGUCUCCCUGGAUGGACUGCAGUGGACUGUACACAGGAAUGUCAUCAGGACCAUUACGGAGUCAACUGUAACGAGACGUGUGGCAACAGGAACUGUGCAGCUAAUACAUCGUCAUGUGACCGGCAUACUGGGUCAUGUGACAACGGGUGUCGCCCCCUGGAUGGACUGCGAUGGACUGUACACAGGGUAAACCCUAAACAUAAACAAUUACUGUAUCAGGAUAUGUUUGACCGUUGUUUUACCAUAGCCUAA